AUGGACAUUGCCACAGAGCUCGCCUGGCAUGCCCAUGAUAGAGUCGUUGACUUUCUGCGACGGAUUAAUCCUUUGUUACUAACCUCAGCUACUGUGCUUUCUACGUAUUCAAUAACCUACCUAUGGAACCUUCACAGAGAUGAUAUAGGGAUUCGAAGAAGAUUAGCAAAACAAUUUUUCUCUUUGAUAAGAACAUUCCCAUUUGUGAAGAAAAGAGACGAAAUCAUCAGAGCUGAAGAAUCUCUGCACAAAACAAUUCAUGAGCAUGAUGGUCAUCAACCUUUCCUGACCGAAAUUCCCACUGAGGCCGUAGACUCCGAUAAACUCGUACAGCUCAUUCGAGAUUAUGAUAGCUUAGAGAGCCCUCGAUAUCUCGAAGGGAAAGUUUCGGGGGCAGUCUUCAACGAUGAGGAAGAUAUGGAGGAGAUGAAAGUAUAUGAAGAG